AUGUCACAACAAAGGGAUGUUUAUCAAAACUUCAUGUCUAAUCCAGUUUAUUUAAUGAAUAAUCCUAAUCAGGCUCAGCAACAGCCUCAAGGUAAUAGGAUGGCUUUACAGUCUGGACAGAACUUUGGUCAACAAUCUGUUGAUCCUAAUUUUUAUUACCAGCAACAGCAGUUUAACCAACAGCCGCAGCCAUCUCAAAUGAUGCAUCAACAACAUCUACCUAAUCAAGCUUCUCCUCAAAUGUUCCAACAACAACAACAACAACAACAAUUCAAUUACCUAAGAGCACAGCAGCCACAAUCACAGCAGCCACAACAACCGCAACAGCAGCCACAGCAGCAACCACAACAGCAAAUGAAUUUCAAUAUGAUGGGAGGUAUGCCUAAUAUGAUGUAUCAAAAUCCAAUGAUGAAUCAUCCAGGGUUACAGCAACAGCAACAAAUGCCACGUCAACAGCAACAACAACAGCAACAGCAACAACAACAACAACAACAACAACAACAACAGUUACAACAACUCUCUCCCCAGCAAUUGCAAGCUUAUCAGCAGCAAAUACAACGUCAACAACAAAUGCAACGUCAACAACAAAUGAUGUUACAACCAGGCUUUGAUCCUCGCCAGUAUCAUCAACAAAUGUACCAACAACAACAUCAAAUGCCAGAACGUCCAAAACGUCCUGUAAGAAACGCGGCCAAGAAAAAACGCGCUUAUGAUUUAUCUUCAGAGGAUGAAGAGGAUUUUGAUCUUGAAUCCGAAGAAUCGGAUGGACGCGAUAGUGAAUUUGAAGAUAGUGAUGAAGAAAGGCGCCCAAAGAAAAAACAGACAUCUGCAGAAGCAGAUGAACCUGUUAUGAUUCCAAUGGGCACUAAAGUUUUUGAAAGAAUUUUAGAUUAUAGAAAGAAUGAAGAAACAGGAGAAGAAGAAUUACUAAUUAAAUACAAGAAUACUAGUUUCCUUCAUGUUGAAUGGGUUCCUGUUGAACAAGUUGAAGGUGAACAUUUGGGUAAACAUCGUGUUAAGAAGUUUUUACAGAAAUAUCAUCAAGAUGGAAACAAAGGUGAAGAUUUUUCUGAAUAUCUAAAGAUUGAACGUAUUAUUGAUGAUGGUGAAUUAGAGGAUCCAUCUACAGGCGAGCGAAAAAUAUAUUAUCUUGUAAAAUGGAAUUCUACAUUUUACGAUGCAUCUACCUGGGAGACAGAAGAAGAUGUUCGCAAAGUAAAUGGCAUUUCACUUGAUGAGUUUUUGGCCAGAAAACAAAUACCUCCUGAAAAGUUAGCUCCUCCCCCACCUCGUCCUGAUGCAACUCGAUUUAUUGAAUACGCUGAUUCACCACCCUAUAAAUAUGGCAACAAAUUGCGUCCUUAUCAGCUUGAAGGUUUAAAUUGGUUAAGAUUUUGUUACUACACUUUCAGAUCCUGUAUUUUAGCGGAUGAAAUGGGUUUGGGUAAAACAGUUCAAUCAGUCGCGCUAUUAAACGAUAUUUACAAUACAAUUCGUAUUCGUGGCCCGUUUUUAAUCGUUGCUCCUCUUUCAACUAUUCCUCACUGGACUCGUGCUUUUAAAGCUUGGACAGAUUUAAAUGUCGUUGAUUUUCGUGGUAGCACAUUGGCUCGUAAUUUGAUUAUAGAGACCGAAUUUUAUUAUCAAGAUCUAGAAGGAAAACCUGUCCCAAACAAAUUUAAAUUUGAUGUCCUUAUAACGACAUAUGAAAUGGCCUCCGCCAGUGCUAUGACCUUAAGAGAUAUUCCUUGGCGUUGUGGUGUCUUUGAUGAAGCACAUCGUCUUAAAAACAAAAACUCCAAAGUACUGGAAGUUCUGAAAACAUUUUAUAUGGAUCAUAAAUUGUUAUUAACGGGUACACCAUUACAAAACAAUUUGGGUGAAUUAUUCAGUUUACUAAACUUUAUGCAGCCUGAUGUCUUUAAUGAUGAAGACCGAUUCUUUGCUGAAUAUGGUUCAUUAAACUCUGCUCAAGAAGUAGAAAAGUUACAGUUUUUAUUAAAACCAAUUAUGUUGAGACGUUUUAAGGAAGAUGUAGAAAAGACUAUUCCUGUUAAAGAAGAAACGGUAAUUGAAGUUGAAUUAACCAAUCCUCAAAAGAAAUGGUAUCGUGCUAUACUUGAGAAAAAUUUCAGCUUUUUAAGAAAAGGAUCAAAAUCUAAUAAGGAUAUGCCUCAUCUUCGUAAUAUUAUGAUGCAACUUCGUAAAUGUUGUAUACAUCCAUAUCUUCUUGAAGGUGCUGAAGAUGUUAUAGUAAGUGAAUGUAAUGCUACUGGACCUCAAGAGCAGUUUAACUGUCUUGUUCAAUCUUCCGGUAAAUUGGUUCUUAUCGAUAAGCUUUUGAAGAAGUUAAUUCAAGGUAAUCAUAAGGUGUUGAUAUUUUCUCAGUUUACAAGUUGUUUGGAUAUUCUUGCAGAUUAUCUUCGUGGUAGAAAUUAUGCUUAUGAACGUAUUGAUGGCAGUAUCCCAGGUGAUCAACGUCAAGCAGCUAUUGACAGAUUUUCUACUCUUCCUAUUGAAGAAUCUUUUGUCUUUUUACUUUGUACAAGAGCAGGUGGUGUUGGCAUCAAUUUAACGGCUGCGGAUACUUGUAUUAUUUUUGACAGUGAUUGGAAUCCCCAGAAUGAUCUUCAAGCACAAGCCAGAUGCCAUCGUAUUGGACAAACGAAGCCAGUUCAAAUUUAUCGUUUGAUUUGUGCAAAUACAUAUGAAAAGGAUAUGUUUGAUCGUGCUGGUAUGAAGCUUGGCCUUGAUAAGGCUGUUAUGGGAACUCAUGACGAUGGUAGCACCAAUAAGACUGCUGAAUUAAAUAGAAAAGAAAUCGAAGAUCUCUUGAAAAAGGGUGCUUAUGGUGCCAUGUUAGAUGAUGAAGCUAGUACAAAGUUUUGUGAAGAAGAUAUUGACCAAAUUCUUGAGCGUCGUACAACUGUUAUUCGACAUGAGGGUAAUGAAAAAGGCUCCGUCUUUUCCAAGGCCACUUUUUCUACUGCUGAUGAAGAUAAUGCAGGUGUUGAUUUAGAUGAUCCCGAUUUCUGGGAAAAAUGGGCUGCUAAAGCGCAAAUUGAUACUACAGAAACACGUGAGGAAAAUCCGCUGAUUGUUUCUAUGCCUCGUAGAAGACGUCAAGUACAACGAUUUGGCUCUCGACCUAUAGAUGGAUCUUAUUCAUCCAACGAUAAUGCAGAUGACUCGGAUGCUUAUGAAGAUGAAAUGGAGUCAAAAUCCCGUCGUGGUCGUGAUCAGGCUCGUCCUUGGACACUUUCAGAAAAAACUAAAUACGAACGUAAAUUGAUGAUUUAUGGCUAUGGUAGAUGGGAUUUAAUGGCUACUCAUUUCCCUCGUCGUUCUGAAAAAGAUUUGAAGGCUGUAACAAGAGCUUUAAUGCGAAAAGUACUUCCUAUUAUAAAGAAUGUGAAGAAGGUGACAGAAGAAGAUCGUAAAUUGAUCGAAGAUAUCGAGACUAUUUUAGCUAAUGAUGCUAGUGAUGAAGUUAAGAAAAAUGAUUCCAUUCCUUAUUCUGGUGCCACUAAGAAGCAAAUUACUGAAUUCAAAUCUUUCUUGCUUCAGGCACCUGAAGAUUAUAUCGAACAUAUUGAAAGAAAAGGUCGUAAUUUCUUACUUCGUAUUCAAAUGCUUUAUUUAAUUCGAGAUAGAAUUGUACCGACAGAUUGGGAAGAAGCUAAAGUUUUAGAAAUCCCUAAAGUGACUGGAUCGCCACCAGCUAAAUGGUGGGGCGAAGAUGAAGAUCGUUGCUUGUUGUUGGGUAUUUGCAAACAUGGUUAUCAACAAUAUCUUGCAAUGCGUAAUGAUCCUGAGUUCUGCUUUUAUGGUAGAAAAUAUGAUGAUAGUCUCUCUGGUGGUUUGGAAGAUGAUGAUACCAAUACCAACGAUAAGAAUGAUGAUGCAGAUAGCAGUCGACAAACUUCGAUGGAGCCUGUAAAAUCACCUAAUAGGAUGUCGAAAAGAACAUUUGGUAAAAAAGAUGAAGAUAGUGACUAUGAAGAUAGAAAGGAUGAUGAUGAAUCCACUGAUGAUGAAGAAUAUGAAAUCAAACCUAAAAUAUAUAUUUGGCCUUCUAAAGCUGAUAUUGGUAUGCGUCUUCGUCGUAUUAUUGCUGCAUUCUUAAGAGAAAAGGCAAGCAGCACACGUAAACGUAGACUCCAAGGUCGACAACAACGUCAAAAAGAUACACGUGCUCCUCCAAGACAAAGAGCUAGAGCAGGUGAUGCUAAUCGCUGGACAAAGAAAAACAAGAGUGAUUUCAUCAAGACACUUAUGUCAUUUGGUGUUGAACGUGAUAAUGAUGACUUUAAAUGGGAUCGUUUUAAAGAAAUUGCGGGACUUGAUAAAAAAUCGGACGAAGCACUUACACUUCAUUAUAAAGAGACUUAUGCUGCCUGUGAAGAAGCUGUAAAACGUCAUUUAGCUGAAAAUGAUAAUUCGGCCACUGUUUCUUCUGCUUCUGCUGUUACUGCUGCUGCUGCUGUAGGAGGAGCAGAUAUAGAUACACCUGCUUCAUCACCUAAAGAUACUGCGGAUGCUGCUAGCCGCGAAUCGAGUAUGGAGCCCAACGAUAAUAAUGAAAAUAGCGAUUUAAUUCCUUAUGAUAAGGCUCGCCGUUCUUUAAAACGUAUUGAACAAAUGAAUGCCAUUCGUGAAAAGGUUCUAGUUCAUCCUGACUUGGAUAUUAUAUUAACUAAAGCAAGAAAAACUUCAGGUCUACCAAGGUACAUUUAUAGUUUAUAUUAA